AUGGAGGACGUGUUCGAGAACGAACCAGUACCGUCCGAUCCGGACGGACAGCCGAAGCACUUCAACGGUAGCGGCACCAAGAAUGUAUCGUUGCGCAUUCUAUCGAUGCCUUCGUCACCGCUUCCACCUGGUCCGGGUGUGAUGCCAUCCUCCCCGUCGGCCAUCUCACUGUCAUCAGCAACCGCUAGAGACACGCGCCACCGUACGUCCAAGGACCGUGUGUCACGGAAGGCCAGAGUUAGUACCAUCAGCCCCGGUGGUAUGGUCGCUGGUGGAGAGAAUUUCGCAUCAACGGUGGCCACCAUCGAUGAGGGUGGCAACGACGGUGGUAACUCACCGACCGCAGCGAGCCUUGCGCCGUGCAGUAACACCGCGGUCGUGAAGAAGUCGAAGGUGGACUUUGUGCGGUUCGAUUCGACCGAGAUCCAUUACACCGAAAACGAGGAGGUGCGCAAGAAGAUUUCCGACGAGAUUAAGAGUGUCGCAACAGCGGUGCACGGUCAACUUUACCAGGUGCGAAACAAUGGCAACAACUUCAGGAUCGAAAAGGUGACGGACAGCACCCUGAAGCACGCGCUGGACAGCAUUAGCUUAAAAUGGAACGUAAAGGAGCUAGAUUUGAGCGGCAAUCUGUUGUCUAAGAUAAGCGUGACUGACUUGACGUCGUUUACGAAGCUGGAGCUGCUGAAUCUGUCCUCGAAUGUGUUUAGCGAAACGCUGGAUCUUGGUGCACUGCGAACCCUGAAAACGGUCGAUUUGAACAAUAAUUUUGUCAAGCAAUUGGUUGUUGGAUCCUCCAUCGAGAGAUUGUACGCGGCGAACAAUCAUAUCUCGAAAGUGACCUGCUACAACUACAGCCCAAGCCAGCAAAGUAAGAUAAUCGAUCUGGCCAACAACAAGAUCGGUUCGCUGGUGGACCUGAGCCAUGAGUGUCGUUCCAAUGUGGAAACAUUGGAUUUGAAGGUGAAUGAGAUUGAUACGGUGGAUUUCGCGGAGUUGGCCGCAUCGGCAAAUACGCUCAAGUACCUGUAUUUGCAACACAACUUUAUAUUCGAUGUUCGGAACACACAGAACGUUGUGUUUUCACUGCUGCACACGCUGGACCUGGCGUCGAACAAGUUGGCGUUUAUGGGACCGGAGUUCAAAGCGGCAUCCUCGGCACGAUCGAUCGAUCUAAGCAACAACAAGCUCGUAAUGGUUGCUGGAGAUUUGAAGUUUUCGGAAAUCGAAAGCUUCGAUCUACGUGAUAACGGUUUCCAUUGUAGCUCGUUGAAAGUGAUGUUUACAAAAAACAGUAACCUGAUGCGGAUCGCUAACGAAACCGUGCGCCGUUCGACGAGAAAGGAUGUGGAAUCGUGUUCGGACAAAAAGGAUUACAGUGGGCCGUACUGCUGCGAGAAACUGUCGGCCCCGUUUGCAGACCGACUUAUUAAAAUGAAGCAUAAGGAGUACGCCUUAUUCUCUCGCCAACCAUCGCCCAACGAGCUUGAAGAGUGUGAGCGAGCAAAUGCGGCACGGCAGCAAGCGAUAACAGCGAUCCAUAAUCAAUACCGCACGACGUUGGAUGAGGAAACGCGUAGGAAUCAGGAACAGAUUGUUCUAACGCAAGAAAAAACAGGACUGGAGGAUAAGUUGAAGACCCUCCAGGUUUCAUAUGAUGAAUUGAAAAACGAGCUGGAGCACACGGCGAACGAGCUGAAUGUAACAGCUGUGCCGGAUCUGCCGCAGUUGUUACGCAACAUCGUGGCAAGGUAUGAGCAACUGAACACCGAAGAGCAGAACCUGCAAAACAACUAUAUCAAAGAUUGGGAAAUGUAUCAAAUGCAGGAAACGAAGCUACUGGAGGACAAUGAGCGCUUGAAGAAGCUUAACGAGGAUGUCGAAAUGCAUUUGCAAAAGGCAAACAGUACGCUGCAGGGUUUAAUUACCCGCGAGGAAACGCUAUCCAAGGCCCUGAGUGUCGCGCAGAACUGA